AUGGAUUUAGAGGUAUUGAAGCAGGAGGCUGCAGACUUGGGGUUGACUGAUCCCCGUGAUAUUGCUAAGUAUGUGCAGGACCAGCAUCGAGACCUGCGGGCGGAGCGCAGAGAGCGGGAAGAUCGCGAACGCGAGUUUGCGGCCGCCGAAGCGAUACGGGAGCACGAAAUUCGGAUGGCGGAGCUAAAUUUUAAGCAUAAGAUAGAAGUCCUUAAAGCUACGCCGCCCACGCCCGUGGCUCCUCCCAAAACGAAGUUGCCGAUGUUUCCUGACGACGCAGACCAGGUCGAAGCUUAUUUCCUCGUAUUCGAAAGGGUCGCAGCCGAUCACGGGUGGGACGAGAAGACGAUGUUUCUGCAGCUCGUCACCCGCCUCCAGGGCCACAGCCUGGAUGUUUAUCACCGCACCGAAAUCGAAGGUAAUUUGACGUACAGCGAAUUAAAGGAAGCUCUGCUGAGUGCUUACGCUAUAAGCCUCGAGCAGGCCCGUUGCAGGUUCCAGGAAGCUCACCUUGACGAGCAGGAGACCUGCAAGCUUUUCAUCAUUCGUCUCUCUCAUCUCUUCAAGACUUGGCAUCGAAGGAGUAAUUUACCUGACACCAAGGAAGGUAUCCUGGAGCUCAUUCUGGUUACGCAACUACUCGCUUCGCUGCCCAAGGGAUUGCGAGCUCAGCUGAGAAUGAACAAAGUUACUAGCCUGGCGGAGACCGCGGACAUAGCGGAUGGCUGGUUCUCUGCUUAUGGCUACAACUAUAGGGUGAAGAAAGAGGGCGAACGAAAGCAAGAGUCAAAGAAACCUGCUCUGAGAAGCGUCGGUGAUCGCAGGGAGUCAAAAUCUCCUGAAACUGCAAAAGCACAGCCGGGAGAACACAGGCACCAGCCUUUCAAUAUGCCACGGAAAGGGGGUGAAAAGAAGCCGUUCUACCAGUCCGGUCACUUGGCUACCGUGAACAGUGUCCCGGAAAAGGAGGAGCCCCAGGUACAUCUGUCUGGCCUGGCACUUGGCCACCAUGUACUCUGUGCAUGCUCUCCUCUUCCCUUGCCUUCAGCAGCCAGCAAGAGAUUGUCUACUGCAGAGGGCCUAGUCCAGGGUCGCAGAGCAAUUAUCAUGCGAGACUCUGGCUCUACAGGAUGUGUAGUUAAAAAAAGGUAUGUAAAAAGAAAGGAUUAUACUGGCAAAACCGUUCGUGUUACAAUGAUUGAUGGUUCACAAAUAGUUGUCCGUGAGGCAAAGGUUUUCUGCCAGUCCCCUUAUUUUACAGGCACUGUGACUGCUGCUGUUAUGGAUAAGCCCGCCUUCGAUUUUGUCCUGGGCAACGUGCCUGGAGCUGGCCUGGUCCCGGCGAAAGAGGUCCAGACGCAGACCCAGGUGGAAGGAGGCAAGGACGCGAUGACACAAACUGCAGAGGAGAGUGAACCUGCUGCACAAGAUGUCCCCCUUAUGUCAGAAUCCCCUGGUGUUCGCGAUGGACCAACCAUAUCUGCAGACAUUAUGGAUCAGACCAGUGCUGCUGUCACUACGAGAGCUGCUGCACGUCGCUCUGAGAUCAGUACACGACUGGCAAAUCCACAAGGUCUGGAGGCACUACUAAAAGGCGAGGAUAUAGCUGAGCAGCAGAAAAAUGAUGCCACCCUCUCCAAACUACGUGAAUAUGCUGAGCAACGUCAUGUUCGCCUCUACAGGGGAAUAAAGAUGGACUUUAUAUGGCAGAACAACAGACUUUACCGACGAACUACCUUGCCUCAGGGUGAGGUGAAGCUGCAGUUCGUUGUUCCAGCUGGAUGUCGCCAACAAGUCUUCAAGUUGGGGCACCACUCGCUCCUCGGAGGUCACAUGGGGGCAGCCAAAACUCUCGCCCGAAUACAAGCCACCAUGUUCUGGCCUGGAAUGGGAGCUGAAAUCUUAAGACUCGGCCAUUCCUGUGACAUAUGUCAGAAGACAACGGACAAGGGACGCAAUACUGCAGCACCUCUACAGCCACUUCCUGUGAUUUCGGAACCGUUCUCUCGCGUGGCUGUCGAUAUUGUGGGUCCCAUCACACCUUGUGCUGACGAUAAAUCGAAAUACAUCCUUACAGUCGUUGAUUUUGCAACAAGAUGGCCAGAAGCUGUUGCCUUGAAGAACAUAGAAGCUGCCACGGUUGCAGAAGCUCUUUUUGAUAUGUUCUGCAGAAUCGGCAUACCCAAGGAAGUACUGAGCGACAGAGGUACACAGUUUACAUCAGGCAUGAUGGAAGAGACCUGGAAGCUCCUUUCAGUAAAGGGCAUGAGAACUACACCAUACCACCCACAAGGAAAUGGUCUUUGUGAGCGAUUUAAUGGCACACUAAAGAAGAUGCUAAAACGUAUGGCAGCAGACCAGCCGCGGGAAUGGCCUCGUCUCUUGGCACCGCUGCUGUUUGCCUACAGAGAAGCCCCGCAAAGUUCCUUAAGAUUCUCCCCAUUUGAGUUGGUGUACGGUAGACCAGUAAGAGGCCCUUUGCAAGUUCUGAGGGAGCUGUGGGACAACACUGAGGAUGACCCAGUAAUCACCACCUCUUAUCAGUAUGUUCUGGAUCUGAGUGAACGCUUGCAUUCUACGUGCGAACUCGCAAAAGAGGAGCUUUUGAAAAGCCAGGUCACUCAGAAGUCUUAUUAUAACAAGAAAGCCAAGUUUCGUACUCUUGAUGAAGGAGAUCAGUGCUUGAUAUUGCUACCUACGAGCACAAACAAGCUCUUAGCACAGUGGAGUGGACUAUUCUCAAACGAGUUUCAGACGUUAAUUACAUCGUAG